UUUAAACCAUCGGCCCAUGUAAUAUUCCAUUUUAUUCUUACGAACAACAAACAAGACGGAGAGCGAGACAGAGAGAUGACUGGAGAUGGAAGCGGGAGAUCUACGCGAACGCGACUGCUGCUCCUCGUUCUCUCCGUCUCUCUGAAUCUAAUUACGGGUUUAUCUGAAAACCCAUCAUCUCCUAAGGAUUCAACAACAACAACUAGCAAUCACAGUUCUAGUAGCAAAACAGGGCUCGAGCUUUUCCUUGCUUGCCUUGGAGUGGCUAUUAUUAUACUGCUGUCUUUUUUCUUAUUCAAGAUGUGGCAAAAAAGAAGGAGAGAAGAGCAAUAUGCUCGCUUGUUGAAGCUGUUUGAAGAGGAUAAUGAGCUUGAAGUUGAACUUGGUCUUCGGGAUUGAAAUUUUGUUUCAGUGUGACUUUCGUUCUGAGGCUAGAUAAGAGUCCGAGCACUUGAAGAUUCUAAAAAUGAAGGCAGCUGUACCUUGAUUGAAGACUGUAAUUAGUGUAUUCUAUCAAAAGAAGUGUCUGGUUAGUGUAAUGGAAUCAUGUUUCCGUUUAUUCUCUGAAGUAAAAAAUUUGGUUAGUGUACAAAACAUUUGCGUCAAUUAUUUUUUGCUUCACA